GGCUGCGUGGCGGGGGCGGGGGGCGGGGAAAGAUGUCUGAGCGGGGAGAAGCCCCGGCGGCAUCGGCGGGAGCGGGGGGCGAGAUGCCGGCUAAGAAGCAAAAGCUGAGCAGCGAUGAGAACAGCAACCCCGGAGACCUGUCUGGCGAUGAGAACGAUGAUGCUGUUAGUAUUGAAAGUGGUACUAAUACGGAACGCCCUGAUACCCCAACAAACACUCCUAAUGCACCGGGAAGAAAAAGCUGGGGAAAAGGAAAAUGGAAGUCAAAGAAGUGCAAAUAUUCCUUCAAAUGUGUAAAUAGCCUAAAGGAGGACCAUGGUCAGCCUUUGUUUGGAGUCCAGUUUAACUGGCACAGUAAAGAAGGUGAUCCUCUUGUUUUUGCCACUGUAGGCAGCAACAGAGUUACUUUAUAUGAAUGCCACUCCCAAGGAGAAAUACGUCUGUUACAGUCCUAUGUGGAUGCUGAUGCAGAUGAAAACUUCUAUACCUGUGCAUGGACAUAUGAUAGCAAUACAAGCCAUCCUCUUCUUGCUGUGGCGGGGUCCAGGGGUAUUAUUAGGAUAAUUAAUCCUAUUACAAUGCAGUGCAUAAAGCACUACGUGGGUCAUGGAAAUGCAAUCAAUGAACUGAAAUUCCAUCCAAGAGAUCCAAAUCUCCUUUUAUCUGUAAGCAAAGAUCAUGCAUUGAGACUGUGGAACAUCCAGACAGACACGCUGGUUGCAAUAUUUGGAGGAGUAGAAGGGCACAGGGAUGAGGUGUUAAGUGCAGAUUAUGAUCUUCUUGGUGAAAAAAUCAUGUCUUGUGGAAUGGAUCACUCUCUCAAACUCUGGAGAAUUAAUUCCAAGAGAAUGAUAAAUGCCAUCAAAGAGUCUUAUGAGUAUAAUCCAAAUAAAACAAACAGGCCUUUUAUUUCCCAGAAAAUCCACUUUCCUGACUUUUCUACAAGAGACAUACAUAGAAACUAUGUUGACUGUGUACGAUGGUUGGGCGACCUCAUUCUUUCCAAGUCUUGUGAAAAUGCCAUCGUGUGCUGGAAACCUGGUAAAAUGGAAGAUGAUAUAGAUAAAAUCAAGCCAAGUGAGUCGAAUGUGACCAUACUUGGGAGAUUCGAUUACAGCCAGUGUGAUAUAUGGUACAUGAGGUUUUCAAUGGAUUUCUGGCAAAAGAUGCUUGCUCUUGGCAAUCAGGUUGGCAAACUUUACGUUUGGGAUUUGGAAAUAGAGGAUCCUCAUAAAGCCAAGUGUACGACUCUUACUCAUCCUAAAUGUGUUGCUGCCAUUCGACAAACCAGUUUUAGCAGGGAUAGUAGUAUCCUUAUAGCUGUGUGUGAUGAUGCCAGUAUCUGGCGCUGGGACAGACUACGAUAAGUUACCUUUUCUUAAUUCAAAGUAGAAAAUAUAUUUUCAAAUUAUAAUACAGUCUGUUAACUUGCUAGUACGGUAGAUGCGUUUAGCUUAGACUUUCUCGAAGGUUCAGCAGGCUGGAGCUGAACUUAGUGAUGUUUACAUUCUGUGUAUUGUUCUGCUUGAACUUUUGCUGCUUUUAAUAAAAAGAAGUAUUUUUGUAAAGUUU